ACUGCUCUGGAGGAGUGUCCUGCCACCACACGGGGGGCUAUCUCCCAAAGGGGCCCAUCCUCCUCAGCUCAUCCAACCACCCCCUCCCUCCCAGGACAGCCCCUCCCUGAGGAGGCCUUGCCCUCAAAUGGGAGCCCCCAGCCCGGAUCGGAUCAGACCUCUAGGAAGGAGGAGCCUACCAUGGACCGGACCUCCCCCGAGAAGCAAAGCUCUCCUGCCAGCCAGGGCCCAGAGAAGAAAGCCUCCCCCUCGUGCUGCCCACCGCCAGGCAUGGCCGGCUCUGAGCCAGAGCGUCUGUGGGGCAAGCGAUGGCUGUUGCAGCAGGAGGUACCACAGCAGAACUGGAUGCCGAGGGCGUCUCCUGCCACCUCCCACUGGGGGAAGGAGCUCGUGUCGUCGCCCAUGGAGAGGGCUCAGCAGCGUGUCCUGACUGUGGCACUGGAGGAGUGUCCCAUGGUACCAGAUGCUGAUCUGCAGCAGGAAGAUCUGCUGACACCAUCAUCUCCUAGCACGGCUGAUCAGCUGACGGCAUCUUCCUCCUCAGCCCAAUGGCAGCACUGCUCACAGCCAGCAGAUCCUGCCCCAGGAGAAAUUGAGCCAUCUGGCAGCCUCCUUCCCUCCUCCUCCUCUGCCUGGCCUCCUCCCAUCUGUUCACUGCUGCGCCCCCAGGCCUCGGCCCCCCGCUUCCGGCACUGGGGCAUCACCCCUUUCUUCCAGACUGUCAAAUCCAAGCUGGAGACCUUCGCCGACAUCUUCCUGAGCCCCGUCAAGCCACGCCUGUGCCCCCCACCUCCUCCCCGGCUGGAGGAGGGGGAGGGGCAGUCGGCAGAGCCCCCCUGCCCUGAGGAGGAGCCAGCACAGAGCCAGGGUGGGCCGAGCCAGCCGGGGGCACGCAGCCCACGCCAGGGGAUGAACAUCGAGGUGAAAAUUGCCAUCUCGGAACCAGCGGAGCGGAGGGGCCCUGGCAAGGCCGAAGAUGAUGAGGAGGGGGAUGGCGUUGUGAGCCGCAGACCCUCCAUCCGCCAGUGGCGCCUGAGCCCUGAGGACCCCGGCCAGCCCCGCCUGGGCCGCAGCUACUCCUGCCCUGACUUCCCUUGGGCUAUGCCGUCGCCCUUGCCAGCGCCCGCCCCCUGCCCAGCACGCCGGCGCCGCCACACGGUCUGCAGCCUGGAGGUGUCGCGGGAGUUGCUGUGGGACCAUCCCUCGCCCCGUGCCCUGCCCUGCCUGCGCAAGGAGGUCUUCCCCUUCCUUCUCCCAUCCUCUCGUCGUUCGCUCAGCCCAGUGGUGCGCAUGGCCCGCUGUGAUGAGACCUGUUCUUCCUGCCCGGGGCCACCCCGCCACGAGGAGUCUGCCGCUGCCCUGCUCCACCCCAGGGACCGCUCCCAGGGCUCGGAGCAGGGGGACAGGGGCCAUGGCACCACCACAGGCAGGAUUGUGCUGUCACACACAGAUGCCAAGAGCUCCCAGGAAGGGACCACAGGGAAAGUGUCCCACUUCCGCAUCCGCAAGACUCCCUCCAAACAGCAAGCGAACCUCACGCCCAUGGGCCUGCCCCGGCCAGUCAGGUUAGACAAGAAGGAGUUCAGUCUGGAGGAGAUCUACACCAAUAAGAACUACCGCACUCCCACCGAAAAGAGGACCUUUGAAACCAUCUUCGAGGAGCCUCGGGAGCGGAACGGGGCACUGGUGCUCACCAGCCAGCGCAAACUGAAGCGCACCAUGGAGUUCCAGGACAGCAGCCUGCCCCGCAAGCAGCGCCGGUCCCGGUCCCGGGGGAGGCUGGCAGGGCGGGUGCCCGGUGGGCGCCGGGCCCCACCCCAGCACCCCAACCUGGAGGAACUUUUGCGCCAGCGCCUGGCUGAGCUGGAUGCCCUGUUUGAAGCCGAUAGGGACUAGGGGGCACUUCAUUGUCCAAAUACACACUGGGGGCAUCAAACCAGAGACUGGGGUGGGCAACUCCCAGAAUCCUGUGGGAUCCCAGGAGAGUGGUUAUGUCCUAGGAUGCUCCCAGUAUCCUCAGCUCUCCCAGGGAGCAUCUCUCUUUGGGACAUACUCAGAAUAUUCUGCUCGUGGGUCCUCCUCUUAGAGCCAUCAUGCCCUCCAGGGAUGCUCCCAGAAUCCCCGGGGCUCCUGAAUCGAUGUCCGGGCAGGGAUCUCUCUGGGAGGAUGUAUUAGCUCUGCCCAGAAUCCUUUGCUUCCCAGGAGACAUCUCCCCUUUGAGCCCUGGUUCUGCCCACAAUUGACUGCUUGCCUGAGGGCAGCUCUUAGCUCAGGCAGAUCUGGAAGAAGCUGGGGCACCCGUCCUGAAGCCAGUCACUAAGAUGCCUCCACUGCUGCUCCCCUCACAAGCUCCUGGUCCAGUCCAGGAGCAGGGUAGGGGAGUGAAGGUCCAGCAGGUGUACCAAACCUUCCCUUUCUCUGUACUUAGUUGCCUACGCACAAAUCCUCCUGGUGCCUCCAUCCUCCCGGUGCCUCUGUCUAGCACCCCCAGCGGUGGAACGUGCUGGGGCAGAUUGUUUAGCAGGGCAAGUAUUGGCCAUUUUAGGGUCACCUUCCACUGGGUACCUUGGGGUCAAGUGGCCUUUGUCCAGUCAGGCUGGGAUAUAAGGGCAGGAAGAGGGACUUGUGGGUAAAGGCACCAGGGCGUCCGUUCCCUGUGUGUAUUGGGGAGAGGAGGGCAUUUUCCCUCUGAAGGGCACUGGUAGGAGCCCUGCGCAUGGAGCAUCUCCGGAGCUGGGCCCUAUUGGGCCACUCAGUGGAUGUGUGGUUUUAUGUGUGUGUGGUUUUUUUUUUUUUUUUUGAGAUCUAUAUUUCUAUUAAACUUUUCAACAAAAACAUCCACCCUGUUGU